AUGGGGACAAAUGCUCAAUUCAUGUUAUUGGAGAUUAGUAGUGGCAAUGCAGAUAUUUGGAACUUAGCUGUGGUGCAUGCCAGUCCCAUGGCUCAUUUACGUAAUAAAUUAUGGAACACUCUCAAAAAGGAAAAACUCAACAUUAAUAAUCAUCGAAUAGCUACAGGAGAUUUCAACUCGGUAACUAAAAGGGAGGAAGUUAGCAACCCAGGAAGCUUUGAUAACCACAGAAGUGCCAAGUUCAACGAAUGGAUUUUUUACGAAGCUCUUGUGGAUUUGGGAUUCAAUGGACAAUGUUUUACUUGGAAGAGAGGAAAUGAGAAUUCCAAUUUUAGAGGGGCCAGGCUUGACAGAGCUCUCUGCUCAAUUGACUGGUUGGAAAGAUCUACUAAAACAAAAGUUCAUCACCUAGCUGCUAUUAAUUCGGACCACUGCCCCAUCUUAAUCUCUAUUGGCGAUUGGUCUGAGGUUAGGACAAGCGAUUUUAGAUACCAAGGCUCUUGA